AUGGAGAGGAAACACAGAUGGGGCUCUUCAUUCUUACUAAUGUGGCUUCUAGCUGCAGAAGGAGUAUACUCGGCGCCGAGACAAACUUCUUCAGCUGCGUCUUCGAAGACGCAAUUUCCACCGGGUGCUGAAACUGAAAGGGUACUAGCGGGUACAAAAGGCUUCUAUCCGACCAGCCUUGAGCGCGAGGGCCAUCCGGUGCGCCCAGCCCCGACAUCCACAGGGAAGGAUAAAGACCCCUUGGGGCUUGAUGGGCUGUUUGAUGCCCUGGGAGAUACCGCAAACCUCCCAAACGAAUUAUUGAGCGAGUUUCUACCGGGCUGGGAUAAGAAUUACCCAGUGACCGUACCGGUAUCAGCAUAUAAACCGGCUAGUGCGGAUACAACUACUUCAUCUACAAAACCACAAACGGAGCCAGAGACUUCUGAGACCUCCACGGCGGAAGCUCCUAGUCAGAACGCCCCAGAGGCUACAACCGCCGCCACUUCUCAAACCAGCAGUCAAGCAUCCAGUACAACAAGCGUGACCCAGUCCUCAAGCUCAAGCUCAGCGAGCCAGGCCCAGCCCUCAAGCUCAGCAAGUCUGACCACGACCGCAAGUCAAACAACGCAAGCCGAGAAUUCAAUUACUUCAUCUGUUGUGCAAGCCUCAGUUACAUCAAUGUCUGGUCAGGACGUCUUUGUGCCAUUGGCGACAGGUCCAAUCCCGCAAACAAUUACAGCGCGGAACGAUCAUCCUGUGCCUAAGAAAGGAAUUGAAAAUGUCACGACACCGAUCGAGACAAACAAGUUCUACGCUGGACUCUUCCUAGGUUCGCAGACCAAUACUACUUUUACCCAUCCCUAUGGUGUGUCAUGGGCGAAAGGAAGCGGGAAUGCCCAAAGUUAUGGAAUGGCCAUCUCCCACAACGAGGUUAAUGUCGUUGCAAAUGGCCCCACCAACACCAACAUUCCUGGCAAUCCAAUCCAGUAUUACAUCAACCCUAUUGGCAUUCAGCAUAUGAUUCUGUCGGCCACAGAACUGAAUACCUCGACUGUGCUGACCGCCGAAAAUCUUCUGCCAUUCUCCGCUGACGCUGUUCUGAGUCCCACUCCCGGGUCAAGCCAGAGAAUUACCAUCCCUCUGGUGCAGGGAAUGGGCUUCGUCACGGGCAUGUACAACAACCUACAGCCCCUGAUCCAGAGUGGUGUUUUCUUCAGCAAAGUCGUCACGGCUUCCUCGCCCCGGAUUGGCAUCUACAAAUACAAGGUGUCUCUGGCGGAUGGAACAGAGUGGCUUGUUUAUGCCAUUCCUCAGGAUGGAAAGGACCCUGAUUUCCGCCUGGAAUCUAACACUAACUUCCGUGGCCCAAGCGGCUGGUCUGGCACCGUUCAGAUCACCAAGAACCCAGCAGGUGCCUCUGGGGAGAAGUUGUUGGACGGCUCGAGCGGCGUCUUUGCUUUGGAAGCUGCUGUAUCCGGGUCGGUUCUAAACGGUGCUGGUACAUACAAUCUGGCAUUCGCCAAGACAGGGAAGCAGCUGCAAGAGACACCACUGCUCAUGUAUGCCCUGCCCCAUCACGUCGAAUCGUUUGACAACACUACCAAGGGUCGUAUGACCAGUAUCUCGCUUCGGACAACGACAAAGGGUAAUGCAACUGCUGUUGUAGGAGAAACCUGGACAAUGCUUGAGCCGAACCUUCCGACCCAAAUGGGCUUCGACCCGUGGACUGUAUCGUCCGGUAACGUCAACAAUCUGAGCGCUGCUGCCAAACAAGUCAUCCUCUCUGUGGCACCCACCGAGCUCAACCAAAGCAUCGACCAACAGUCAGACCUGAAUAGCAUGUACUACAGUGGAAAGGCAUUGAGCAAAUUCGCAACUCUUGUUUACACCGUGAACAAGCUGGGAGGAAACCCUGACCUGGCAGCCUCAGCCUUGCAGAAUCUGAAGACCGCCUUUUCUCGCUUUGUGGACAACAAGCAACAGUUCCCCUUGGUGUAUGACAGCGUUUGGAGGGGAGUGGUGUCUUCUGCCAGCUAUGGAGGCGAUUCUGGUGCUGACUUUGGAAACACUUACUACAAUGACCACCACUUCCAUUAUGGUUACUUUAUCCAUGCUGCUGCCAUUAUUGGGUCGCUUGAUUCGACAUGGCUCACGGAUUCCAACAAGGCCUGGGUGAACACGCUUGUUCGCGACGCUGGAAACUCGGCCGCAAACGACCCGUACUUCCCCUUCUCGCGCUCAUUCGAUUGGUACCAUGGGCACUCGUGGGCCAAGGGUUUGUUCGAGUCGUUUGACGGAAAGGAUGAGGAAUCAACCUCGGAAGAUACAAUGUUCGCAUAUGCUCUGAAGAUGUGGGGAAAGACGAUUGGCGAUGCUAGCAUGGAAGCCCGCGGCAACCUGAUGCUGGGAAUCCUCCGACGAAGCUUGCACAACUACUUCCUCAUGGAGAGUGACAACAAGAAUCAGCCUGCGAACUUUAUCGCCAACAAGGUCACUGGCAUUCUGUUUGAGAACAAGGUUGAUCAUACUACUUACUUCGGUAACAACCUGGAGUACAUCCAAGGCAUCCACAUGCUGCCCCUUCUGCCUUCGUCUCCAUAUGUACGAAGCCAGAACUUUGUUCGCGAGGAGUGGAAUGCACUCUUUUCGGCCAAUGCCACCGACCCUGCGUCGAACGUCACCGGAGGAUGGAAGGGUGUCUUGUACGCCAACCUGGCCCUGAUUGACCCUGCAUCUUCGUGGAACUUCUUCGCACAGUCCAGCUUCGAUUACAGCUGGAUUGAUGGUGGAGCGUCACGUACAUGGUAUCUUGCAUUUGCAGCGGGCUUGGGCGGAGGUCCUGCUUAAGGACGCAGCAUAGCGAUGAUGCAUUUGAUAUAUUUGGUUUGGCAUUUUUGAUUGUCCAGGACUUCUUUCCUGGAAGAUAUGCAGCAUGUGUUGCUGAUAUGUUUGGCUGGCGCCGUCUACUAUACCUGUUCAUAUAUCCGACUAUCCUGUGGACGUAGUGAUAUAGAUAUUUAUUAAUGACUUGAUCUACAUUGGCAUCGAC